CAAUCUUUUUCUUCAUCAUGGUAAAUCUCUUCGUCUUCUUCUUCUUCUUCAUCAUCAUCAGCUUUGUAAAUGUUCCACUUUCUUCUUCCCUUGAACAAGAUUCUCACUUCCUCAAACGUGGCCUUGUUCAACAGAAGUAUUUGGAAAUCACUCGUCCAUUGCCCUUUGCUAAUCUCACUCCUUCAUGCACUCUUCCCAUCCUCACUCAUGACUUCGAAAAUACGAUGGGUCUUCCACCUGUCUCCGUUAACUACGCACCUCCAGUGAAAUGCUCUUGGAACCAUGUGGCUCUUCAAUUCAAUGCAUCUUGUAAAGGAGUGCAGUAUGAUCGCAUAGCUGCUGUUUGGCUUGACGGCGUCGAUCUCUUCCGUACCAGUACAGCUGAGCCUACUGUAGACGGCGUUUUCUGGAGUGUUACUAAGGAUGUUACGAGGUACUCGUCUCUACUCGUCAAGGAGAAUAUCUCUCUUUCUGUUAUGCUGGAGAAUUUGGUGGACGAUGUUUAUACAGGUGUCUAUCAUGUUAAUGUUACUUUCUUGUACUAUGAUGUGGAUGAAAUGGGUGUUCCAUUAUCAAGUAGAACUGAUCAUCGGAAAUUUGGCCGAGGUUCGUUGGGUUUGUAUGAUGAUCAUAAACGAGCAGCAGCAGAUUUGAUAAUGCCUGUUUCGGGUUAUGGAAGUGAAGGCUUUUGGUUCAAAAUUCAAAGCGAUUCGGAAUGGCAUGGGAAGAGUGUUAUGAUACCGAAGAACACGUACAAAGCUGUAAUGGAAAUUUACGUAUCAUUUCACGGGGACGAUGAGUUUUGGUACUCAAAUCCUCCUGAUUCGUACAUAAGGGCGAAUAAUUUGACUAGCAAGAGAGGCCACGGAGCUUACAGGGAAGUUUUGUUGAAUGUAGACGAGAAUAUGGUAGGAUCAGUGGUUCCAUUCCCUGUAAUUUACCCAGGUGGAUUUAAUCCAUUGUACUGGGAUCCAGUUGUUUCAAUUGGGGCCUUUGAUCAUCCUUCUUACGACGUCGACUUAACUCCAUUUUUGGGGGUUUUACUUGACGGUAAAUCCCAUUUUCUGUGGUUUAAGGUGGUGGAGUGUCUCCCUUUCUGGCUUGUGGAUGCCAAUUUGCACCUUUGGAUAGAUAAACAAUGCACAGGUGAUUGUCAAGUUCAAGCUAAAAUUAUCGAUUCUGGAACUCCUGAUUUCGAGAUGGAGCGAUCUUCAAGCUUUGAUGGGCUAGAUGGAUCGUACGAGGUUGAGCUGAAGAGGAAGAGCGAGUAUCGUGGGUGGGUGAAGUCAUCAGCAGGCAAUUUGACAACUACAGUAUCACGAGCACUCGAGUUCAACAACAAGAUAAAGUUUCAUGACAAGGGAAAUGAAAAGAAUGUAAAGCAGAAAGUGAAAGAAGAGAUUGAAAUUAGUGUUGUAGAGUCUGAAAGGGGUAUCAAGAUUUCUCAUACCAGUCUAAAGAGGAAGUAUCCUCUAACUAUAACCACUAAGACUACUACCAAGCCGCCAUCAAAAGCGGAGAAUGGUACGAAAUUGAUCCUUUCUGAAUUAGAAAAUGAAUGGAGUGAAAAGAAGAAGUUGAGUGAAGGAGAUUCUUCUGAUUCUUCUUCAAGCAGUUUGAAAAAUGGGCAAAAAUGCAAAGGGUGGAUGGAUGUUCAAGAUAACGUUGUUUUUCAAGGUGAAGCAACCACUCAACAGAGUUAUUCAUAUAAUGGUGAAGCAGCUACUAGCUAUUCUAGGGAAAUUACAGCUACCAAUGGCAGGCUUAUAAAUGACACUGCAAACUAUUUGCACUUUGCUUCACUUUCUACUAUGUAACAUCUUUUAUAAAUGCUCUUCUAGUGGAUAUCUCUGCGUGUACUAGAUGAGUUUUACUGGUGCUUAACACGGCCCAACAUAAUAAUUUAGUUUCAAUA